AUGGCUGGUGGCUUAUUCAGCAUUGAUAGGAAAUAUUUCGAAGAAAUCGGUGCUUACGAUCCCGAGAUGGAUAUUUGGGGUGGUGAAAACAUCGAAAUUUCGCUCAGGAUCUGGCAGUGCGGUGGACGGAUUGAGAUUUUGCCAUGUUCACACGUGGGUCAUGUGUUUCGUCGAGCGUCGCCGCAUGAUUUUCCGGGUCGUCAGUCAGGAGCUGUUCUCAACAAUAAUUUGUUGCGAGUAGCCGAAGUGUGGAUGGACGAGUGGAAAUUUCACUUCUACAAAACAGCGCCACGUAUGAUAGGUUUUAUUAAUUGUACGAACUGCACAUCAUUUGGGCCUGACCCCUGCUUACUAACUUUCGGACACUUUAUACUAGCUGAGUCAAAAAUGAGAGAGGGAGAAAUAGGCGAGAGUGAGGGAGGGUGUGGGAGCGCGCCUCGCGUUCUGGAUCCGGCUGAUGCCAAAAUCACUUGCCUGAAAUUGAAAGAAUGCAUAAACGGAAUGCGUGAAAUGGUUGACGUAAGUGAUCGUGUUGAGCUACGAAAACGACUGCACUGCAAAAGUUUCAAGUGGUUCUUGGAUAGUGUAUGGAAGGAUCAUUUUUUGCCGAUGCCAGGAAAUAUUUUCGGGAGGGUAUGCUUUCAUUUCUUGUUGCUCUUUACCAUCAUACAUUUCUCUUUUUAUACCUUAUCAUAAGA